UGGAAAGAAGGAGCCCCAAAAGGGAGGCAGCAUCCUCGGAUAUUGUGACGGUGUCGUUUGCCUGAAGGAAGAAAGUUUUUUGUUUUUUUUUAUGUUUCUUUAUCGCUGCUCGGACACGGAAGAGACUCCUCACUGCUUCCCUCCGCCCGUGGGAGGAACAAAAAAAAGCUUUUAUUUUCUAUAAUGAUGGAAUUUAAACUUGCGUGCUUCAACUUUCUGAAUUCUCGCAGGGCUUUUCAAAGUAGGCGCACACCGGCGGUUGUUUAAUGGCUGAGGGGCGCAGCCGCCAGAGUCGUGCGUGGAGGAAGAGGACAGAGUGAGCGGGAAAACCGGCGCCCUUUUUUUUUUUUUUAAUUUAAAUUUUAUUUUUUUUAGCAUUAUUAUUUUCCUCCCUGCAUCUUGUUUCUUCCGGAGUAUGUCUGCACUCCGAAAGAAAUUCGGGGACGAUUACCAGGUAGUGACCACCUCAUCCAGCGGCUCCGGCUUCAACAAGCAGGCGCCCGCGGAGAAGAAGCGCAAGAGGCAGCGCUUCGUGGACAAGAACGGCCGCUGCAACGUGCAGCAUGGCAACCUGGGCGGCGAGACCAGCCGCUACCUCUCCGACCUGUUCACCACGCUGGUGGACCUGAAAUGGCGCUGGAACCUGUUCAUCUUCAUCCUCACCUACACGGUGGCCUGGCUCUUCAUGGCGUCCAUGUGGUGGUGCAUCGCCUACAUCCGCGGGGACCUCUAUCGGGCGCACAACGACAAGUACACGCCGUGCGUGGCCAACGUCUACAACUUUCCCUCCGCCUUCCUCUUCUUCAUCGAGACCGAGGCCACCAUCGGCUACGGCUACCGCUACAUCACGGACAAAUGUCCCGAGGGCAUCAUCCUCUUCCUCUUCCAGUCCAUCCUGGGCUCCAUCGUCGACGCCUUCCUCAUCGGCUGCAUGUUCAUCAAGAUGUCGCAGCCCAAGAAGCGGGCGGAGACGCUCAUGUUCAGCGAGCACGCCGCCAUCUCCAUGCGAGACGGCAAACUGACGCUCAUGUUCCGGGUGGGCAACCUGCGCAACAGCCACAUGGUCUCCGCGCAGAUCCGCUGCAAGCUGCUCAAAUCUCGUCAGACCCCCGAAGGCGAGUUCCUUCCGCUGGACCAGUUGGAGCUGGACGUAGGGUUCAGCACGGGAGCCGACCAGCUCUUCCUGGUGUCGCCGCUCACCAUCUGCCACGUGAUCGACACCAAAAGCCCCUUCUACGACCUCUCGCAGAGGUCCAUGCAAACGGAGCAGUUUGAAAUCGUGGUGAUACUGGAGGGCAUCGUGGAGACCACAGGGAUGACCUGCCAAGCGAGGACGUCCUACACCGAGGACGAGGUCCUGUGGGGACACCGCUUCUUCCCGGUGAUCUCCUUGGAGGAAGGCUUCUUCAAGGUGGACUACUCGCAGUUCCACGCCACCUUCGAGGUGCCCACCCCUCCCUACAGCGUGAAGGAGCAGGAGGAGGCCCUUCUCCUCUCCUCGCCCCUCAUGGCCCCGUCGCUGUGCAACAGCGGGGAGAAGAACAGCUCCCUGGACUGCUUGGAGACCCUGGAGGACAAUGACAGCACCACCAAGCUGCCCGCCAAGCUCCAGAAGAUCGCCGGGCGGGACGGCCUGCCCAAGAAGCUCCUGAGGAUGAGCUCCACCACCUCAGAGAUGACGUACAGUUUUGGAGACCUGCCCAUGAAGCUGCAGCGAAUCAGCUCGGUCCCUGGGGUCUCCGACGAUAGGCACGGCGGGAAGGUCUCCAAAAUAAGCACGGAGCCCAUCAGUAAGUCGGUGGCGGACUUGCCUCCUAAGCUGCAGCGACUGGCAGGGGGCAGGAUGGACGGACACCUACCGCCCAAACUUAGAAAGAUGAAUUCAGAUCGCUUCACAUAGAGCAAGCUCUUUUAACUCCUUACCGUGUUCUCUCCUGACUUUGCCAGUUGAAAAAUAUUCCUCUUAUAUCAAAAGAUGUGCACAAGCAGCUUAUGUCCAGCAGGGUCCCGGGUGUACAGUCGUGGUCAAAAGUUUACAUACGCUUGUGAAGAACAUUAUGUCAUGGCUGUCUUGAGUUUCCAAGUUUUGUUUCAUCUGACCACACAACUUUCCUCCAGAAGGUCUUAUCUUUGUCCAUGUGAUGUCAGAUGAAACCAAAAUGGAGCUGUUUGGCCACAAUACCCAGCAAUAUGUUUGGAGAAGAAAAGGUGAGGCUUUUAGUCCCAGGAACACCAUACCUACCAUCAAGCAUGGUGGUGGUAGUAUUAUGCUCUGGGCCUGUUUUGCUGCCAAUGGAACUGGUGCUUUACAGAGGUUAAAUGGGACAAUGAAAAAGGAGGAUUACCUCCAAAUUCUUCAGGACAACCUAAAAUCAACAGGUUGGGUCUUGGGCGCAGUUGGGUGUUCCAACAGGACAAUGACCCCAAACACACGUCAAAAGUGGUAAAGGAAUGGCUAAAUCAGGCUAGAAUGAAGGUUUUAGAAUGGCCUUCCCAAAGUCCUGACUUAAACGUGUGGACAAUGCUGAAGAAACAAGUCCAUGUCAGAAAACCAACACAUUUAGCUGAACUGCACCAAUAUUGUCAAGAGGAGUGGUCAAAAAUUCAACCAUAAGCUUGUGGAUGGCUACCAAAAGCGCCUUAUUGCAGUGAAACUUGCCAAGGGACAUGUAAGCAAAUAUUAACAUUGCUGUAUGUAUACUUUUGACCCAGCAGAUUUGCUCACAUUUUCAGUAGACCCAUAAUAAAUUCAUAAAAGAACCAAACUUCAUGAAUGUUUUUUUGUGACCAACAAGUAUGUGCACACAAAAAAAAUAAGAAUUGUAAAAAUGAUUGUAAACUCAAGACAGCCAUGACAUUAUGUUCUUUACAAGUGUAUGUAAACUUUUGACCACGACUGUAAGUGUACAUGCAGGGAUGGAAGGCUCUUGUUGGGACGGUAUACAAUUAGCACAAUCAGGCAUGUGAGAAGAAAACAGCGCAUGUAGAAACCAAUCUCAAUAAUUCCCGGCAUGACAUUAACCGAUGUUUGUAGUAAAAAAAACAAAAAGAAAAACAAAAAAAA